AUGCACUGGUUUCAAGACUGCUUUUUCUCUCUAAAAGCCGGUGUCCCUCCCAUGGAAUGUUGGACUGCUUUUUGCCACCCGUCUGGGCUUGAAGUGGGCCGGGAAUUCUAUGGGCUGGAGAUACAGGGUUGCUCCAAGUUCGUCUUUCUCUUCUUUAGAAACGACAUCAUAGAAAAUAUCUCACAGUCAAGUAGCUCCCUGAAACAAAUUGUCCUCCGUGUGAAGGACAUAGACACACAUCUGGGGAGUUGGGGCAAGGAGAGCCCUCUGAAGAAGGGGGUCCCACCCCACCCUCCAGCCACUUAA